CCUUCAUUAAACAACGCAAUUUUGUAAUCAACUCGAUUGUACUCCAUAAAGAUCUCUACACUCAACUUAGUCCUCUCUUUCAAGCACAACCAUGCCUAGUUUAAAGAAAUCAAAUCGAGGUACCUCCGUAGCAAGCGAGUUCAACCAAGCCCUCCAAGAAACCCCCGCAUUCGAACCAAUGCGAUAUACGGCAAACUACGUAAGGAUGGCUCAGCUCGAGCUAAGUUCCUUUGAGUUUCAGGAUCUCAUGGCAGCGCUCAAAGAGGCAGGGAGGCUCUUGCCGGAGAAAUUUGAUCCAGACAAGCAGCCGUGGCCACCGGAGGCAGAAGAGGUUAAUCAACGGAUGGAGGAAAUGUUGAAGAAUUACGAUAACCUUGCUGGGUGCUUCAAACAGUUUGUGCAAAGUGCGCAAGCUGCGGGUGCGGGCAUGGGUGUCACGCGCCAGCAGUGAUGUUUAGAAAUAUGACUGGGUUACUGGCGUCGCUUAAUUGAUAUAGCAGUUGUUAAGUUUUCUUGGAAUUAUGUUAUUAAUAGUGGAUAUCUAAUUCAAGUGAUGGAGUUGUAACAAUUCGUUACCAACAACAGACCCCAAAGCUUUGGUCUGGGCUUUUAUACCCCCC